AUUGUGAACUAGGAGAAACCCAUCUGAGGCUAAUUGUCAAAUCUGGGCUCCUAAGAGAACAGGAUAUUUAAGGCUAACCUUAGAGAGAAAGUAGGGAUAAAUUUCCAUCGUGAAAGAAAAGACGAUGUUCAGUGCUAUGGGUAAAUCUGCAGAUGAGGUGGCCCAAAGUUGAGGGAGCUUUCCUCUGAUGUUUAUUUUCUCUGUGAGUUAGAAGAAUGAGAACAAAGGAGAUAAAGAUUUCCAGCAGCACAGAGAGUUGAGCUAAAAUUACAAAUUAUGAUUUUUUUCAUGCCACCAGCAUCAAAGCUCAUCAUUGUUUUUCUUAUUGUUUCACUCUCAUUUUUCAUUUUGCUGCAUCUUAAUGCACCAUGUAAAUCAUUAAGUGAUUUUAUAGACAGUUACCUCAAACUCUGGUUCUGGCAGAUAUGGUGUAACUCUUGGCAUUAUUUUCCUUCUAGGUAUCUGAAAACUCAGCCUAAGUUACAGCCUUCGGACUGGUUCUAUCCUAUGUCACACAUGAACAUGACCAUGACCACAUGGUCAGCUCCUAUUGUGUGGCAUAACACUUACAAUGAGUCCGUCUUGGAAAAUUACUACGCAGAACAUAAAAUUACUGUGGGGUUGAUUGUGUUUGCUGUGGGAAGAUAUUUGGAUUACUAUUUGGCUGACUUUCUGAUGUCAGCUGAUGAGUAUUUUAUGGUUGGCCAGAGAGUCAUAAUUUAUGUGAUGCUAGAUGACUUCUCCAGGAUGCCGCUGAAAUACCUGAGUCGCUUCCGCACCUUCAAAGUUUUUGAAAUUAAACGAGAGCCGCGAUGGCAAGAUAUCAGUAUGAUGCGCAUGAAGAUCAUCAGCGACCAUAUUGUUGACCACAUCCAGUAUGAAGUUGACUUCCUCUUCUGCAUGGAUGUGGAUCAGUACUUCCAAAACAAUUACGGGUUGGAGACUCUGGGAGAGUCGGUAGCUCAGCUACACACUUACUGGUAUCGGAAAAAUCCCAUCUCAUUUCCUUAUGAGCGGAAUCAGUCAUCCGAGGCUUACAUACCCAUGGGGAAAGGGGAUUUUUAUUACCAUGCUGCUGUUUUUGGUGGCACUCCCACACAGGUUCUUGAUAUUACCACGCAGUGUUUUGAGGGAAUAAUGAAGGACAAAAAGAAGAACAUUGAAGCAGUAUGGCAUGAUGAAAGUCACUUGAACAAAUACUUUUUUCUCCAUAAACCCACAAAACUCUUAUCCCCAGAAUACUGCUGGGAUUUUCAGCUCAAACAGAAUUCUGAUAUUAAUGUUGUCAAAAUUGGUUGGCAUAUGAAGAGCUAUAAUUUUACUAGACAGAAACUAUGAUUUUAUAGCUCUUCCUUCUUGUUCCAAACUUAAGAGCAUUGUUUUGCCCCAUACCGUAGAAAAUUAGCACUUGACAACUUUUACCACUAAGAUAUCGCUAACAAAAUGGCAAGCCUACCAACAUCAUUUUUGGUCACGUAACAUGGGAUACAAGAGUUGCAGAAUGAGUUUAUAUAAAUCAUCUAGAGAUUUAAUAAUUUAUAUUUUGUGUCAAUGUUGAAGAAACAGUAGGUUACAGUGAACAAAAUGGCUUCUGCUACCAGAAGAGGAAGCCAGAAAUAUUUUAAAGGAUCAAAAUUUGUUAUAAUACUUCAGGAAAGGAGUUAUGUGAAGGCAUGGGAGAAGAAGGAUUCUCGCAACCAAACUAAAUAUGCCCUAUCUAUCAAACUUUGAGGAUAUGAAGACCACCACCAGACAGGCCUACAGCUAUUUAGGAAAACUCAGAGUCAUUAAAGGAGAGCAAUAUAAUUUCCAAGUACAAACUGUUAUAAAAAGCAAUGAAAAGAAAAUAAAAAUGUAAUGGGA